AUGAUGCUGCGCAAUGUGUGGCUGCGCCAUGGCGGCUCUGCCCGGCGGCUGCUGUCGACGGCGGCACCGUCGGCGUCGGUGACCGAGGCUAUGGAGCGCUUCCAGAGCGUGCCCAAGUUCCAGCAGUACCCGCACUUCUUCCCCGUGACCAUGUCAUUGCAGGAGUACCAGAGCAAGUUCGACGCUCUUGAACCCAAAGCUCGUUGCACGGACGAGAGCGUCGCAUUGGCAGGACGUAUUGUGGCGAUCCGUCACGCCAGCAAGAACCUCGUGUUCCUGGAUCUGCAGAGCGACGGCCACACGGUGCAAGUUUUGUCCGAAGUCAAGCACUUUGAAGGUCGAGGAGAUGCAGCUGCUACGGGAGACAGCGAGGCAGUGAAGAAGGAGUUUAGGGCGCUGCACGAGAGUCUGCGUCGCGGCGAUAUUAUCGGAGUGAAGGGGUUCCCGGGCAAGUCCGGCAAGGGCGAGCUGAGUAUCAUCCCGAGGCAGUUGGAAGUGCUGGCGCCUUGCAUCCAGCCCUUCCCGAACAGUAAAUACGGCAUCAAGGAGCCGGAGAUCCGCUUCCGCAAGAAGUACCUGGACCUGCUCACGAACCCGGGAGUGCGUCCGAUAUUCGAGACCCGCGCAAAGGUGGUGCGAGGAAUUAGGAGAUACCUGGAGGACCGUAACUUUAUGGAGGUGGAGACGCCGAUGCUGUUCUCGGCGGCGGGUGGUGCGGCUGCGCAGCCGUUCGUGACCAACUCACGGGCGCUGGGGAAGGAUCUGUACCUGCGCAUUGCGCCCGAGCUGUUCCUGAAGCAAUUGGUCAUCGGCGGCUUCGACCGCGUGUUCGAGAUCGGCAAGGUCUUCCGCAACGAAGGCAUCGACGCGACGCACAACCCGGAGUUCACCAUCUGCGAGUUCUACCAGGCGUACGCGGACUACAACACGCUCAUGGACACGGCGGAGGAGAUGAUCUCGGGCAUCGCCAAGGAUGUGACCGGAUCGUACAAGAUCCAGUAUCCGAUGGAGGAGGCGGCGGCCGAUGAAGAGGGAGAUGCCGCUGAAGACGAGCCCGCUAUGGUGGAGAUCGACUUCACGCCGCCCUUCAAGCGGCUCCCGAUCCUCGAGACGCUCGAGGAGUGCCUCGGAGAGAAACUGCCCGACGUCAACUCCCCUGGUGCGACUGCGUACUCGAUCCCGGCACUGCUGGAGCUGUGCGAGCGCCACAACGUGGACUGCGCCAAGCCGCACACGUGCACGCGUCUGGUGGACAAGCUCAUCGGCCACUUCGUCGAGCCCAAGUGCGUGAACCCGACGUUCCUGUUCAACCACCCGACGUGCAUGAGUCCGCUGGCCAAGGCGCACCGCGAGCAGCAGAGCGUGACCGAGCGCUUCGAGCUCUUCGUGGCGGGCAAGGAGCUGUGCAACGCGUACACGGAGCUCAACGACCCGUUCGACCAGCGCCGGCGGUUCGCGGCCCAGCAGGCGGACCAGCAGCGCGGCGACAGCGAGGCGCACGGCAAGGACGACGAGUUCUGCACGGCGCUCGAGUACGGCCUGCCGCCCACGGGCGGUUUCGGCAUCGGCAUCGACCGCCUGGUCAUGCUGCUCUCGGGCAAGCCCCACAUCCGGGAGGUCAUCAUGUUCCCGGCCAUGAAGCCCAAGGACGACGCUCCUGCUACCGAGCCCUGA